CCAUAUCGGUUAUCAUUUCUCGCCAGGUCUCUCAAGGUCUGAAGGAACAAGCGAGAUGAACAUGUCUUUUUCUUCUGCCACUCCGCUUUCAAAGCAUUUCCCAAUGGCUAAAAUCUUUUUGACUUCUUCACCAACAACCCUUUUCACUAAAACCCAAAACCCAUUUCUUUCAUUUUCAUCUAAAAAACCCAUAAACCUCUCUCUGUCAGCUGUUUUACCUUCAUGGGGGUCGGUCCAAACCUCCAAAAAGUUAUCUUCUUUACACAUAAUCCCAUUCGUGGCUCAAACUUCAGAUUGGGCGCAGCAGGAAGAAGAAGAAGAGAAUAUGAGUUGGGAUAAUCAAAAUAUUGAGGGUUCUGUUUAUGGUGAAGAGAGUUUCGAUGGAGGGAGUGAAGAAGAGGAGUAUAAAGAGCCACCUGAAGAGGCUAAGUUAUUUGUGGGUAAUUUACGUUAUGAUAUUGAUAGUGAAAGUCUGGCUCAGCUCUUUAACCAGGCUGGUGUUGUCGAGAUUUCUGAGGUUAUUUAUAAUAGGGAGACUGAUCAGAGUAGAGGAUUUGGUUUCGUAACAAUGAGUACCGUUGAAGAAGCCGAGAAAGCUGUGGAGAUGUUUCACCGUUAUGAUUUAAAUGGAAGACUUUUAACUGUAAACAAGGCUGCUUCUAGGGGGUCACAGCCACCAAGACCUCGAUUGUAUGAAACUACUAACAGAAUCUAUGUUGGUAACCUGCCAUGGCAAGUAGAUGAUGCACGUUUGGAGCAGGUCUUCAGUGAAUAUGGAAAGGUGGUGAAUGCCAGGGUAGUUUCUGAUCGGGAAACAGGACGUUCACGUGGGUUUGGCUUUGUUACUAUGUCUAGUGAGACAGAAGUGAAUGAUGCCAUUGCUGCCCUUGAUGGACAGAGUUUGGAUGGAAGGGCAAUUAGAGUGAAUGUUGCUGAAGAACGACCAAGACGGGGUUCUUUUUAGAUGUGUGAGGGGAUAACUAUUAUUAGAGUCCAUUUGUAACAAUUUUUAUCCCAUUAUCAUACUAGUGAGUUUUUGAAGUAGGAUUUAAAAAUUCUUCUUGUUAAAGAUUUCUUCACUUUUUGUCUUUUUUUUUUUAUCAGUCAUUAUUUUUUUAGGCAAAGUCUUAAUGUCAUUAUUCUGAUAUUGUGACAAACACAGCUAGCAUGGAUAGUCGAAUGAGAUUGUGUGGUUUGGCGAAGCAUUCAAGUGACAUGUGACAACCGAGACAUGAGGUGUUUUUCUGAUUUUUAGAUUGCACAAUCCAAGGAAAAUAGUCUGAAAUUGAAAUUAAGUAUUCUUAUUUUUUCAAAGAUAAUGAUUGUUAAGUUUGGAUAGCCAUUGACUUUACAAAUUUGUUGACUACA